AUGAAAGAAUCUGCAGCAAUAAACUUAGUGAAACAGACAUAUCUAAUGAAAAGCGAAUACCAAAGAUCCUGGGUAUAUGGGACAGGGUCAGAACCAGAACAUGCUCUUAAACAAAAUAAUCACCCCACACAAAAGAAUCAAAUCAAAUCAAUCGUCGUGUCUACGCAAUUCACUCGAGCGGUGGCGGAGCAAGAGGGGGCGCGGGGCAGGGCGGGCGCCGCCCAAAAUAGCUCGCACGUGCCGCUCGCCACCGGUGCCCACGCGCAGCCAAGAUGGCCGCCGCCUUUAUGCGUGUGUGCGUGCGUGCAUACUAGCACAUAA